UUUCUUCUUCAAUCUCCUCUCUUCUUUCUCGAAAACACUCUCGUUUUUGGGUUUCGUAUUGUUGGUGUUGUGAGAAGCCAUAAGAAAACAAGCGGCGAAGCUCAGAUUCAUAUCCCGUAGAGAUUGUUGUCUCUUUUUUGGUGCUUCUUAUGACAGUUUCUUCAGUUGUUUCCAAGUGAAUUAAAACAUCAAUAUUCGAUGUCUUGGAGAGGAAGCAGUGGAAAACCACAAGGUGGUGGUGCCGAUUAUGGCAAGCCUGAGCCUUUUGUGAUUUUCCCUGAUAUUACGUUACCUGAUCCGAAAUCAAUCUCAACAGACUUGCAAUUAGUUCAAACCUACUUUAGUUUCAAUAAGUUUUGGAGAAAUUCUCCUUAUCAUUUAGGCGAUGGUGUUUCUAAGAAAGAGAAUGAGAGUUUGGACAUUGAGAGGUAUUCAGACUCGUUGAAGCCCAAGAUGAAGUCUAAUAAGAAUGGAUCUUUCUUUGAUUUUCUUGUUCUUAGACCUGAUAACUUCCCUAAAGAACUUCUUGGAGAUACUCGAAGAGAACGUCCAGUGAAGAGAGCUAAAUGGAGUCAAGAAGCUGAUUUGCAGAAAUUGGAUGUGUUUGAGAAGCUUGAAGCUAAGUUUAAGGCUGAAGGCAAUGAAGUGAAAGGAGAAGGAGAAGAUGAUGAAGAAGUUGAGGAAUCCGAAGGAGAAGAAUCUGAUAAUGGAGAUUAUGAUCAGAACCAAGACUUUGAUGAUGAUGACGACGAUUAUAAUCAGGAUGAUGGUGAAUUUGAGGACGUGUAUUAAGCUGCUUCUUCUUUUCCCAAAAGAAUCAAGUUUUGCAGACAAGAGAAGCUCAGCCUUGAAGGUGAAAGCUCUUAGGUUUUUGUUUCCUUGGUUUUUGCUCUAUACUAAAUCAGUUGUAAGAUUAUUUCCAAACAUUGUGAUCUAGUAGAGCUUUGGAUAUAAUGGCUUGGAAGUACCAUUUCUGGGAAGAGUUGAUAAGGGUGUCAAUUCCCAUAUGGCCAUAUUUGUAGAAAUUUUUGCAACAUCCCCCAAAAGUGUUUGAUCUUUGGUUUACAAAUGGAUUGAUACAAGUUGUUAGCUUCUU